CCAAACCAUCCUAGUUUCCUCUAUAGUAGUACAAGGUGGUAGCAACAGCAAGCUAUAUCUAUCCUCUUCAAGCCAAAAACGCACAGAGAUCCGUUCACAGACACGAUAUAUUAGAAGACAGAUAUGGACUGUGUGAUGAAGCUGGCAUCGGAGCGUGCGGUGGUGAUCUUCACUCUGAGUUCCUGCUGCAUGUGCCACACCGUGGCGCGGCUCUUCCGUGACCUUGGUGUCAAUGCGGUUGUGCACGAGCUGGACCAGGACCCUAGAGGAAAGGAGAUGGAGAAAGCUCUCCUCAAAAUGCUAGGGAAAGGCCCAUCUGUUCCGGUGGUGUUCAUCGGCGGGAAGCUUGUUGGCGGGACAAACAAGGUCAUGUCUCUGCAUCUUGGCGGUGAGCUGGUUCCGAUGCUGAGGAAUGCAGGCGCCCUCUGGCUAUAGAUUCGACCGGUGAACAAAGGUUUCGGGUUUUUCAUCGUGUUCCGAGAAUGACUAGGGUUCUUUGUGAGGCCGUUAAUAACAAGAGGUUUCUUGCUCGUUAGGAGUGAGUUACAUGCAUGCGUUAUGCAAUCCCUUUUUGAUGUGUAUGUAUUGAAAGAUGUAUUAAUUGUGUACGGGGCACUCUUACCUUUUUUGAAGAGGUAUAGUUAAUACAAUAUGUAUUCAUGGUACAUUGUUAUAUAUCAAUGAAAAGGAUACGUGCAUGCAUUUAAUGUUUAAAUUUCA